GUCUUCCUUCUGACGACGAGGGCUGGUGGUGUGGGGAUCAAUCUGUUCACUGCGGAUACGGUGAUCAUCUACGAUCCCGACUUCAAUCCUCAUCAGGACCUCCAGGCGAUAGCUCGUGCACAUCGAUAUGGGCAGCAAAAACCUGUGCUGGUCUUCAAGCUCAUGGUCAAGGACUCUGUCGAGGAGCAAAUCUUCUUCAAGGGCAAAAAGAAGAUGGUACUCGAGCACCUGGUCGUCCAA